AUGUGUGCUGAGGUGCGGAGCAAGGAGGCGGGCAACGUAGUGGUGUCUCCGCUCAGUGCGGCCAUGGUGCUGGCGCUGACGUGGAUUGGUGCCAAUGGGCGAACGGCUCAACAGCUUGGCGACGUGCUGCAUCUGCCGCUGAGCCGAGAGCGCGUCGCGACAGGGUUUCGCAUGCUUAUGGGCAGCCUACCCACCGCCAGUAAUCGGGUACGCAUCUCGGAUGAUGAUCCAUUAGUACAACUAGCUAACAGACUCUACAUACCAAAUGGAUAUCAACUUGAAGAUGCCUUUUCACAAACAGCCGUUGAGGAUUUCAAAUCAGACAUAGAGAAGUUGGACUUCGCAGACGCGGACGUCGCGCGAAAUACCAUCAAUCAGUGGGUUGCGAAUAACACGGAUGACCUGAUUGAGAACCUAAUUCCAGAA